GAGAAAAAUAUCCUCAUGACUCAUUAUUGUGAUCAAAAUCUGAUCUUUUUCUUUUCUUCUUAUCAUGGAUCGAUCACUGAUGAAGGGAACCGAGGAUCUGGUCGCAGUCCUCUCAACUGGGAUAUCAGAACCAGCAUUGCCCUUGCUGCUGCCCGUGGCAUCGAGUACAUCCACUCUACCAGCCUCACAGCCUCCCAUGGCAACAUCAAGUCCUCCAACAUCCUCCUCGCCAGCUCCUCCGACGCGCGAGUCGCAGACCACUGCCUCGCUCAUCUCGUCGGCAGCUCCGCCUCAUCCAAUAGAGCUACCGGUUACCGCCCGCCGGAGGUCUCCGACAGCCGAAAGGUUUCUCAGCCGGCUGAUGUCUACAGCUUUGGCGUGCUCCUCCUGGAGCUACUUACAGGCAAGGCUCCAGCCCAAGCGAUCCUGAAUGAAGGCGGCGUUGAUUUGCCACGGUGGGUACGGUCAGUCAUCCAUGAAGAGUGGAUGACGGAGGUGUUUGACAUGGAACUGUUGAGGUAUCAGAGUGUGGAGGAAGAGAUGGUGCAGUUGCUGCAGCUUGGCGUGGACUGCACCGAGCAGUUUCCGGACCAGCGGCCGACGAUGUCGGCGGUUGUGGCGAGGAUUGAGGAGAUUCGGCAGUCGAGCCUCGGGGGGAGCAAGGAGGAGCGACAGCAGGAACAGCAGGAGUUUGCGGUUGAUGAGUAGACUUUUUCCAUGGCUCUCUUCACUGGUCUGGAUUCAGGAAUGUAGCAGGUUUUCACUUUUAUUGAUUUAUGUAAGUAUUUUGUGGUUGUACGGGCGGAUGGUUUUAUUUUGCUUUAAUUUUUUUUCCUUUAUUAAGGUACUUUUCUCUGGUCCUUUAUUUUGCUUUAAUUAUUUAUU